CCACUCAAAUUCCUUCCACCACGCCACUUCAUCUUCCACUCUCACUCUCUCGCUUAAAUUUCCUCCACCGUUUCAUCUACCACUCUCACCUCCUGCCCUUCCAUUCAAUCUGACGUCCGAUCGGCUGAAGAAAUCGACCGUUGGCGACGCAAACGGUGUUGUGCGGUGACGUUAAAUGGUGAGAAAUGCCCCCCCCAAUAAAAGAAGGCGGGCGUAAAUCGAAAGCUUCCAGCUCCGGGGUUGGCUCCUCCUCCGCCAAUGAAGCUCCACACAUAAUAGACGUAGACGAGGAGACGUGGAACAUCCGUGGUCAUGGACAAUAUAUAUUCAACCCGAAAGCUGAAUACGUUGGAAGGCUUGAUAGGUUCAGUUUGGCCAUUCACCAUGGGGGUAUAUUUGUUGGCGAAGAAUAUGUAGGGGUCGGUUGAAUUAUGUGGAUAAUUGUACUGUUCGGCAAUUCGAACUACUGGACUUGUCAUCCAUUGUGCUUAGAUUAGGUUAUCGUAGAGAAUACAUUUGCGAGUUCUACUACUGUCAUCCCGCCAACAAUCACGCAUGUCAUGACACUGAAGUUGGUCAUCCUCUCGAACCACUCAUUGACGAGGAACAUUUGAAGAGAUUCAAAAAGUUUGCUAACAAACUAGAGAGAAUUGUGCAUGUUUAUGUUUUGGAGAUCACCGCAGUCGAAGCGAGAGCCAGACAUCAUAUGGACCAAGAGGCAUAUAUGAAGCAUUAUUUCAGUCCUAAGUCGAAGGGUGUAGUGAUAGAGGAAAUAGAUGAGCCCCCUCUGGUUGUGUCGAAACAGAAGCCGCUGAAGAAGGCGAAGGUCAAUCCCGGAAUACCUUUGCUUGAGUGGUAUGCGCAGGAUGUAGAGUUCAAAGACUAUUUAGUGAGUAGUUAGGAUAAAACACGUGAAGAAUGGAGAAAGAAGAGGAAGAGGAAACAGUAAUUUUGAAAAAUUUGAUGGAUGAAUUUAGUGCAACUGUGGUUCCACAGGCACUUGAAAUCUUUUAGAUACUGCAUGUGUUAUUAUUUUUGAACUUAAACUGAAAUUUAUUUUACUGCCUCUUCUUUUUCAUUUCGUAGGUGAGAGAUGAUCAGCCAACCUUACAUCCCGAAGCAAUACAAGCACCAAUAGUUGAUACACCUUCAUCUGUGCAAGUUGAGGAGCAAGCCCCACAAGAAACAGUAGUUGAUGUUUAGCCAACUACAUUUGGUUUUUUUUUGAAUUUAGGAUGUACUAACUUGGUGUGGCAGCGCAUACGCAUAGAGUAGAGAAAAUUACUGAUGUUCCAUUUGAACCUGCACAGCCACAACCAUAUGUGCAAGUUGAGGAGCAAGUCCUACAGGAAUCAUUUGUGCAAGUUCAGCCAACUCCCCCUCCAGACUGAAACAGUUGGUUAUGAGCAUGGUGUGGCAGCACAUGAAGUAGAGCCGACUUCUAAGGUUCCAUUUGAACCUGCACAGCGACAACCACAUGUUGUUGAGGGUGAUGUGUCUGCCUCAAGUAGGCUUCCAUUUGUACAGAGUGAUGCCUUUAGUGAUGAGCCUAUUGAAGUAUCAUCCGAUGCAUCAGGCAAUGGAGUGGGAAGUGGCAUGGGAACUUUGAAUGAAGUGUAUAUACCCGAUUUGAAUAAUUUGUGUGAACCACAUGAUUAUUCGUUCAUUGACAACUUGGUAGAAAAUUGGGAAAAUUGGGAGCAGUACCUUGAAAAUUGGGUUGAAGGUGGAGCAGGGCAACAGAUGGAGGAGAAUGUAGGCGGAGUUGAUGUUCAAGCUUCGCAAAACUUGGCCGAUGCAGCUCCUCUAGAUGAUAACUUGGGCGGGGGCGGACCCCAAGUUAAGGACGAAAACCUCCAAUCAAGGUGAGGAAAACUUGGCCGGAGCAACAGAAGCCCAGACACCUCAAAGCUGAGAAGAUUUUCCUCUACAUAAUGAGGGUAAUGAUGAAGAUUCAGACGAUGAUGAUGUCCAGAUCAUAUCCGUCAACAUGUGCCGGGAUGAGAACUCUUUUCUUCGUACUUCGAGGAGCUGUUCCGGGAAAGUACUGAUGGUGUUGAAGUAGAUACUUAUGCGAAUAUGAGAGGAAGCUUGAUAGCAUCUUGUUCGAAUGCCUCCAAAACCACGAGGAAGAGAAUAUUCUUAGCAAAAAUUUCUAAAAAGAAGGAUGAUGGGUGGCAGCUGGCGGAAGAAGCUGACAUGCUUCAUGAUUUGGAGAAUACCAAUAUACAGGACACAACUGAUCUUGAAGAAGGUAGGCGGAGGACCAAUAUUCUUUGUCGCGCGUUCACUCUCACUGAUGACCUGCCGGAUUGGAGUGUUGGGGAUGUGUUCGGUGAUGAAGUGGGGGAAGUAAUGUAUAGGAGCGAGUGUGUUUUCAGUGAAAAUGCGAUGUGCUAUGCUGGGUCGAGAUACCAAGACCUAUGAAUCCACUAGAUCACUUGGUCUAGGAACUCAAAGGAACAAGGAAUACUCUGUCGUUGUACACACUAACCUCCCCUUCAAAGAUCCCUCAACCCGAAUA